UAGAGGAGAGAGGAGCUGGGGAGAGUGGAACCAGCUGGCUCAGGCAGCAAAGCGGCACCAUGGCCGGCAAGAAAGUCUGCAUUUUAGGUUCCGGCAACUGGGGCUCAGCCAUCGCCAAGAUUGUGGGUAGCAAUGCAGCCCAGCUGGCAGACUUUGACCCACGGGUGACCAUGUGGGUGUUUGAGGAAGACAUCGGGGGCAGAAAGCUGACAGAGAUCAUCAACACACAGCAUGAAAAUGUCAAAUACCUGCCAGGGCACAAGCUUCCCACCAACGUGGUGGCUGUCCCAGAUGUGGUCCAGGCUGUGGUGGAUGCUGACAUCCUGAUCUUCGUGGUGCCCCAUCAGUUCAUUGGCAAGAUCUGUGAUCAGCUCAAGGGCCACCUGAAGGCAAAUGCCAUCGGGAUAUCUCUUAUUAAGGGUAUAGACGAGGGCCCCAACGGGCUGAAGCUCAUUUCUGAAGUGAUUCGGGAGCACCUUGGCAUUCCCAUGAGCGUGCUGAUGGGGGCCAACAUUGCCAAUGAGGUGGCUGAUGAGAAGUUUUGUGAGACAACCAUUGGCUGCAAGGACCUGGCCCAGGGACAGCUUCUGAAAAGGCUGAUGCAGACACCCAAUUUCCGCAUCACAGUGGUACAAGAGGUGGACACAGUAGAGAUCUGUGGGGCCUUAAAGAAUGUAGUGGCCGUGGGGGCUGGCUUCUGUGAUGGGCUGGGCUUUGGCGACAACACCAAGGCGGCGGUGAUUCGACUGGGGCUCAUGGAGAUGAUCACCUUCUCCAAGCUCUUCUGCAAGGGCCCUGUGUCCUCUGCCACCUUCUUGGAGAGCUGUGGUGUUGCUGACCUCAUCACUACCUGCUAUGGAGGACGGAACCGAAAGGUGGCCGAGGCCUUUGUCCACUCAGGAAAGUCCAUUGAGCAGCUGGAGAAAGAGAUGCUGAAUGGGCAGAAGCUGCAGGGGCCCCAGACAGCCCGGGAGCUACACAGCAUCCUCCAACAAAAGGGCAUGGUGGAUAAGUUCCCUCUGUUCACAGCUGUGUACAGAGUAUGCUACGAGAACCAGCCAGUGGGUGAAUUCAUCCACUGCCUGCAGAAUCAUCCAGAACAUAUGUGAGCAGGGCUGUGGCCCAGGCCAGGCAGCUUCUUUACCCCAGUGAAGAUAAGCAGAAGCUUGUGUACCUGGCCACCAGGAUCUCUGGGACUCCCCAAAGAGCAGCCUCUUCUCAGCUUUUCACCGAGGACAGGAGGCUCUGGGGCCCGGUGACCUGUCUGGAGACCCUGAACCACCAAGCCUCUUG